UGCCACGCGGCGUACUUGUAAAUGCAGCAAAGGUUAUUCCUUGAAGAGAACGUUUAUACAAUGUGGUGCUCAUGCUAAUCACGUGACUAUCAUGAACGAAAUUUGCCAAAGCAAGGCCACGGAGGCCACGGGGAUGUCAAAGGUUACACGUGAGAGCCGCAGACACGGGAAGGUUCACAACAACAACAAGUUCACACAGGACAAUGUUUAGUGGUAGAAGCAUUUCUACAGGCCAAAGUUAAGUCAUGAAUGGUGCAUCAUCCCAACAACAGCAAGGAGCCAUGUCAAAGAACAAAGGUGUGAAAUGUGGUGACCACCCCCAAAACUGGAGUGAGUAUGACCCAGAACAUCCCAGGCACCUGAUUCCUGCACUACUGCGACAGUUCUAUGACCUGGGCUGGGUCACUGGAACUGGAGGGGGGAUCAGCAUUAAGCUUGGAGAUGAAAUCUACAUCGCCCCUUCAGGGGUCCAGAAGGAACGCAUACAGCCUGAAGACUUGUUUGUAUCUACUAUGGAGGAAGAGGACAUCUUUUGCCCUCCCCCGAGCAAGAAACUGAAGAAGAGCCAGUGUACUCCUCUGUUUAUGAAUGCCUAUACCAUGAGAGGUGCAGGAGCAGUCAUUCACACCCACUCCAAGGCUGCUGUCAUGGUAACGCUGUUGAACCCUGGGAAGGAGUUCCGUAUCACCCAUCAGGAGAUGAUCAAGGGCAUUAGAAGGGCAAAGUCUGGUGGGAACUACAGGUACUUUGAUGAGUUGGUGGUACCCAUAGUGGAGAACACACCUGAAGAGAGGGAUCUCAAGGAACGAAUGGCACGUGCCAUGGAGGAAUACCCAGAAUCCUGUGCAGUGCUGGUGCGGAGACACGGGGUGUAUGUGUGGGGAGACACAUGGGAGAAGGCAAAGAGCAUGUGUGAAUGUUAUGACUACCUGUUUGACGUUGCUGUACAGAUGAGGCAGUUAGGACUGGACCCUGCCCAGAAACCUGACCCAGCUGUGGAGAAAGGCAUUGUUUGAACCACUGGAGGAAGUGCAACUUGCCACUUACUUUGGCAACCUAAUUACUGUGGAAGUUAAAGAAAAGUAUCGUGCCUCAUAUGAAUCCAAAAAUAUUUUGCAACCAAACAUUUGUUGGACAAUGGAGCAAAAUUUGAUAGCAGGUAGAAUUCCUCACAGUGAACAUGGUUUUGCAAUAAUGAUUAGUACAUAAUGUGUACCAUUUGUGAGCACAUAGGUAGCCUGAAAGCUCAUCUGUGUUGAUAUAUUCCAUGAUGAAAUAUAAUACUUUUGUUCAACACAAGCAAUAGCUCACCUUGAAUUUUUGGUCAAUCCCAAAGGUUGAGGUAAGAGCGACCAAAUAUUUGAGUUGAGCCACCAUUGCUUGUGUACAAUGUAGGUAUCAAAUUUCAUCAUUGAAUCAUUCAACUGCCUACAAGAUGAGCUGUAUCUUUUUGUCAUAAGCUGUGGCAUAGUAGAUAGGUUGAAAUAUUGCAGAAAUUAUUUUAUCUUUGGAUGAAAUCUGUUGCCAACAAGGAUCACAGUUGUAUGAUGACAUACAUGUGCCAAGGUUUGAAUGUGCAAGACGAAGACUUUCAUCAGAUCAUGGAUUUUUGCCUCCAUGAUCAGAUCCAUGAAAAAUUUCUAUUAAAAAAAGUUUAAA